AGAUAUUUCAGACAGUCACAAACAGCCCAGACGAACACGGGGGUAAUAGUAGGGUUGACCUGGAUUUUCUGCGAUACAGAAUCAACUGGAGGGUGACGGUGCCAUUACCCUCGUAAGGUAUCUGACAUGACAUCAAAAGUGUGUCCAGAGAAGCAUUGAUCGGCUCGGCUACACUUGGAGUUGUCUUUGUGGCUGGUUAUUACAUUGGCAAAAGAAGAUCCACAUUUUCCAUGGACAUCUUCAAGAGUCACUCUGGGGCAAAAGAUAACCCUUUGAUGCAGUAUGUCCUCAAUCAUUCAAUGAGGGAGCAUCCGGCCUUGAAAAAACUCAGACUGAGGACUAUGGAUGAUUCGUGGAACUUCAUCAUGGUUGCCGCUGAGCAGUCUCAGCUGAUGGCUAACCUGGCAAGACUCAUCAAAACCAAGAAAGCUAUAGAAAUCGGAGUAUACACAGGGUACAACACUCUGAGCAUAGCGCUGGUUCUGCCAGACGACGGGAAGAUGGUGGCCUGUGACAUCAAAGACGAAUACCCCAAUAUCGGCAAACCCUUCUGGAAAGAGGCUGGAGUGGAACAAAAAAUAGAUCUACGCAUCCAGCCGGCAUUGAAAACUCUAGAUGACCUCUUGGCCAAUGGCGAGGCCGAGACAUUUGACUUCGUCUUCAUCGAUGCAGACAAAGCAAACUAUGACAACUACUAUGAAAAAUCCCUCCAGCUCGUGAGGAAAGGAGGCAUUAUUGCCAUUGAUAACGUUCUGUGGAGUGGGAAGGUGGUGAACCCUGCAGCUGAUGACAUUGACACCCAGGCCAUUGACAAGCUGAACAAGAAGUUGUACCGGGAUGUGAGGAUCAACAUCAGCAUGCUCACUGUGGGAGACGGCGUGACACUGGCCUUCAAACUCUAACACUAUGUAGGAGACAGGUCUUAACUAUAGUACUAAAUGGAAGAUUGGCCAACACUGGUCUGUACUGUAGUAUCAAAGUAGUUACAAGUAGCUUUGGGGUGUGAUUGACCAACACUGGUCUAUACUGUAGUAUUGAAGUAGUUACAAGUAGCUUUGGGGUAUGAUUGACCAACACUGGUCUGUACUGUGGUUAACUGUAGUACCCAAUUACUGAGAAGGAGCUUUACAUUACAAUAAUCAGAUAGUACUUGCCAAGUACUGACUUUUAAAAUGGUUGUUUAUAGGUCAUUAAAUCCAUGUGUGUAAUGCUGCCCUUGAAUAUAUGUGACCUAAAAAGAAUUAAAAUGAAAAAAAAACUAGGACUGUCAGAGUUAAUCAGGUAACUUUGUAAUUUUUGUGCAUUUUUUUAUUUUAAAUAUAUAUUGUCUGAAGGCAUUCAAAAAUAUACUGAAAACAUAAACCUUUAAAAACAA